AUGAUGCGAAACUUUGUAUGCGGUCGUCGGGCCCGUUCUUCUUUCCAGCGACUACUCUACCUCUGUUUUCUAACUUGUGUCUUCAUUUUUAUCAGUAGUCAGUUCAAAAACCCGCAUUUGGAUGCUCGCGUCGUGCCUCCAGCUGAAUCUGAUGUAGGUUUUUCGAUCUAGCUGUUUUUCAGAAGUUUCUGGUGUGAAUAUGAAAGAGAAAGGUUAUAGGGAAAGCCGAUAGUAUUGGAAAGUCCAUCUGUACAACAGGCGCCUGGAAAAUCAGUACUUGCGGCUCCAGUGCAAGUUUCUGACAGGUGAAAUAUUCUUCUCAUAAUUUAACGAAUAGCGAAAUUCAUGACGAAUUCAUAAAGUAAUUUGUUAAAGACUUCAAUUUAUGAAAAAAAUGAUUGCACAAAAAAACUUAUUUUUUUGUUUUUACUGUAAAGGCAUUUUUCGAAUGUUUUUUUCUGUAGUUAUUUUAAAAGCGCUGAAGUUUGAAAGAACCUAAAAAGUACUUGAAACUGCUCUUUUUUUGAGAAGCUUUUUAGAAAAUUUUUUUCAUAUUUUUUUCUUUAAAAAAAGUAGAAUUUUUAAAUGUAAAAAAACAGUUUUUCAAGUCAAUUUUUUUUCACUUUUGCAUCAGAACUUUGAUAAAUUCAUAUCAAUUUUAAUGAUAAUAUUUCCAGAGUUCAGUCGGAUACUCUACAAAAAACAAUCCGAAAUGAGCCCUAUCCGAAAUUGAGUUCCCAAGGAAAGUUUAUUCCCCAAAGGAGGAUUAUUCAUCUCGACUUGAAGGGAGCUCCAUAUAAGGUUUGAAAAAAAUGAUUUAAUUCCGAUAUUGUGAAUAUUUUCAGCCCGAGUUUUUCCCAGUUCUGUUUUCCUUCUUCAAUCGCCUCCAAGCGACCGGCGUUUUGAUAGAAUGGGAAGAUAUGUUCCCUUAUACGGGAAAACUUGCGUCUGCGGUCAAUGGAAACGCUUAUAAUCUUUCAGAGGUACAUUUUUGAAUUUUUCAAUGAGUUUUCAUGUGCGAAUAAAUAGGAAAAAAACGGGUUUUUUUCGUGCAAAAAUUUUUUUGCAACUUUCAGAAAAAUCAAUGUUUUCAUUUGAAAUUAUGAUUGAAAUUUCCAUAAAUUUUUUUAUCUGGUUCUUCAAAAAUCUAAUCGAGCCUAUUUUGAAGUUUCUUUUUGUAGAAUUUUUAAAAAUGUCCUAAGAGUAAUUUUUCGUGGAAAAAGGCGUCUCAAAAUCGAAAAAAAUUUGUUAUUUUAAUGAGCAAAAGUGUAUAUUUCAAAAAAAUUGUUGCUUCUUUCUAGUUUGCUUUUUUUUAAAUUCUAAAGCGUCAUAUUAUUUUUUUAAAAACCUUUUUAAUUAUCAUAUUUGAUUUUUCAGGUGGAGUUCAUUCUACAAGAAGCGGUCCGUCAUCACCUUCAAAUAAUCCCUCUCGUCCAAACUUUCGGACAUUUGGAAUGGAUAUUGAAGUUGAAAGAAUUCGCCCAUCUUCGCGAAGAUUCUCGAUUUCCUCAAGUGACAACAGUCCUUAUUUCUGCAUAAUUCAUUUUCAUUAAGGUCAUCUGCUUUCCUGAAGAAGAGGCUUGGGAAUUGAUAACUUCAAUGAUUGAUCAGGUUUUUUUUGAUUAUUUAAGCAUCGAAAGUUCAAAUUUCAAGGUUUUUUGUUCGCUUUUUUCCUAAAAUUUAUUUUAGCACAUUUUAUAAUUUUUCUGGACAAUUCGUUCAUGGGGAAAAACGAAACUUGUUCCAAAACGGGACGAAUUUGUUUCAAAACAAAAAUGUACUGUUUUAAAGCUUUUUUGGAGGGCUAACGAACACUUUUUUGCGUUUUUGUGCUCUGUGUAUCGUAUGAGUUUCUCCAGUUCUUUGUCGAUUGAAAAUGAAAAUUUGAGGUGUCGGAGGUUCAUAAAAAGUACGGGAUGGAGUUUUUCCAUAUGGGCGCCGACGAGGCUUAUCAGGUGAUCAUUUUAAUCAUUUUUUUUUUCCUAGUUUUCUCAAUAAUUUUAUCAUUUUCAGGUCGGUAUAUGCAAUGCAAGUGUUGCUCGGCUGCAAAAAGAACAAACCAAAGAAAGAUUGAUGAUUUGGCACAUCGCCAGAACAGCCAGUUAUAUCAAGGAGAAGCAUCCCGAUGUCCGUCUUUUUUCAAUUCCAAUUUAAAAAUUGAAUUUUCUAGGUUAUUUUUUCAGGUAAACGUGAUGGCUUGGCAUGAUAUGAUGGUCAACGGGAUGGAGAGCGAUUUGGUCGAAUAUGGCCUUACGAAGGUGACUUUUGCUCUUUUUUUCAAUUUUUUCUGAUUGUGAUCCCUUAUGAGCUUCUGAAAAUCUAGUAGGAAAAUUGAGCUUGUUGGAGUGUAAAAAAUGAGAAAAUUAUGACUUUUUCUCAUUUUUUCUCCUUGUACAUGACUUUCUGUACAUUUCUUCUUUUUUUUGCUCAAAAAAAAGGCAUAGAAAAAACUGAGCUUGGUAAAAAAAUUUUUUUAGAUAUCCGGCAAGUCUGUAAUUGCUGAUAUUUAUUUGAAAGAAAUUUGUUUGAAACUUCAUAUUCGAGGACUGUUUGAACAUUUAUCCUUUAUCUAAACUUUAUUUGAUAGAUGAUUUUUUUCUAAAAAAAUAAAAAAAUAAUUUUUCUUGUUUCCCAUUUCAACCUAACCGAUGUUUUAAUUAUUUUUUUCUUAUUCUUAUCGUAAAUUUGUCCUCAGCUUGAAAAAGGGAAACUCAUUUAUUUUUUUCAUAGAUAUUUUUUUUCUUUUUAUUCACAAGAAAAAGCUUUAGAACCUGUUUCUACAAACUUUCAUAUUCAGAUAAAAAUCUGAAACGAACCGAUUUCUUCUUUUUAUUCGUAAAAAUUUUUUGAAUUUGCUUUUUUGUCCUUAUCUACUCGGGCAAGGUCGGAAUAGUGGCUAACGACAAUGAAUAAAAAGGCCGCAAAAAGAUUACCUUCAUCGAGUUUUUCAUUUUUCCCAGAACUUUAAAGGCUCAAGAAAUGGUGGAAAAAGGGAGAGACAGUAAAAAUGCUGCUUAAAAACGGAUACUUCGACCCUUGCCAUUUUGCCUAUGAUUUCCUUUUCAGCUGAUUCAACCAGUCGUUUGGAACUACGCGGAAGAUCUCGACGUCUACUUGCCCCGUUCGACUUGGAUGACCCUCAGAGUGGCUAACAAGGAGAUUUCUUCGAUAAUUCCUUGUUUUCCAGCCAUUCGGCCGCGUCUGGGCGAGUUCUGCGUGGAAAGGAGCCGACGGUCCGGCGAGAUACUGUACGAAUUCGAUGCAUUACGUCAGGAACCACGAAUCUUGGAUCAACCAGUUGACUUCGGUCUAUCAACAGUUCGACUAUGUUGAGGUGACUUAUUGAAAACAAAAUAAUUAUUCAAAUUUUUCAUUGAUUCAAGACUCACUAGCUUGCUCAACUAUCAGUGAGUUUGAAACAGAUCCAAUCGGCUUCCCAUUUUUUUGUUGUCUGAAACGCCAGAGUGGUCCCUUGAGGUGUUUCUAAUAGAUACAACACAUUUGGAAACAUAGUCUAAUAAAAUCAACAUAUUUGGAAACUAAUUUCUCGAAAUUUUCCGUAAGCCUUUCAUUUUUCCUGGACUGUAUUAGUUCUGUACUUGUAAACGUAUAGAGGGGAAAUUCAAUUGACGAUUUUCCAGGGUCAAAUAUUGGCGGGCUGGUCCCGAUACGACCAUCUGGCGAUUUUGGCCGAACUUCUACCCGUCGCUCUCCCGACCCUUUCCAUGGCCAUGGAAACUGUCUUGGUAAUCAGUUUCUCGCAUUGAUUAUGAUGAAAAUGUUAUUUGCCUUUCAAGCCAAUGAAGAAACGGAAUAGCUGAUCACUACUUCCUUUGUUGCUUUUUUGAACCUUUUUUAUUGUAUUCUAUUUUUCACAAUUUUUUAUUUUCAUACUACGGGGAACUUGAUUGAUAGAGGAUUUUUUCAGGAAGGUAGGCCUUUACAAGGCUCUUAUCCGGUUACCAACGACCUCCUUCAAUGCACAAUUCCCACGGAUCUCGGCUUUUUUGUCACUGGCUGCAGAUUUCCUGGAAGCAAGGUAAUUUAGUAAUGAAAGUAAUAAAAAAUUUCGAUCUUCUCGGUAGUCUUCGGUUGUUAGCCAAAGAGUCAAACCUUUUUUUCAAUUUGAUAAUUUCUUUUAAAAAUGCCAUUUCGGUUAACUGAAGCUAAAGUUGUGAGGACCGCUGUUUGUAACACUCUGUUGGAAUUUCAGUUCUCAGAAAAAGAGUAAACAGUUUCAUGGAGUUUCAAGAAGAUUGAGCCCCACUUGACAAAAAACUAUUUUUCUAUCUUUCUUGGCGGUACUGUAUCCGUUUUCAAGAUCUACGAGCUCGUGAACGACUUGUUCCAACGGAAGAAACAGCUGAGAGUGUAUCGGAGCGACGAUUAUGAACUGAACGGAUGGCUCUCCCGAGUCGCCGACGAUUACUCGCUCAGUAGUCAUUGGUAUAUCGAUGUACGUCUUCAUUCUCACUUUACGGUUUCACUUCAUUCUUUUCAGAAGAUCCAGCCUUUGUUAGAGAUGUAUGUCGAGCCGAUAGAACACAUCGAAAGGAAAUUACGAGAUGAAAUGUCCAAAAUUUAUUUCGAGGUUUGGAAAUCACUUUAUUUUCAUUGAUAAUUUCCUAAACAUUAGAAUCAGUAUUCAUCUGUCAUUUUUGAAAAAUUCGACAUGAAUUAUUCAGAGUUUCACUUGACUCUUUAUAGGUUAUUUUCCCUGCAUAGUGAGGUUUCUUUCUAUUUUACCAGUAAAAAUUUUUCUUGGAAAAUCAACUUUUCAGCUUUCGAAGCUGAUUUAAAAAAAAAACAAGUCGAUCGUAAAGUUCGUAAAUUGUUUUUUUCGAUUAUUUUUUUGUAACUUUUGAUUAUGCCGCUGGGACUCUAGAAACACGCAAAAUACGCUUGAUAAACUUGAUUUAUUCCCAAUAAACAAAUAAAAAUAUGUAUAAAAAGUGAAAAUGACUUAACAGUUUAGCAGUUUCAGCAGUAGUUUAGUAAGCAGUUUCUAAGCAUCUUCAUAAUUGAACAAAAAACGAAUUCAAUUAUCAACGCGUUAGCUGGCGGUAACUAAAAAAAAAAGAGCUUCAAAAAAGUUUUUUUUUUUUUGGAAUUUUCAUCGAAAUAUUUUCCAGGACGCCGUGGAAGAAUUUAUUUUCACGCAUAUGGGUGAAGAAUUGGAAUGGAUUGCCCAAAAAAGGACAACAAUAAAGAAAAUUUCCGAGGCGACGAGUUUCCCAAAAAGGCCAAUGUUCGCCAAAAAAAUGGGCAAAAAUCCAAUGAAGGUCGACUGCAAAUUGGCUGGCCAACAGCAGUAG